GUUUCUGAGUAGCUGCCUGUUUCAUUGUUCCUCACUGUGGCAGUGUUUUCAGUCAGGAAAUUUAAAAUAUGGUAAAGCUAAAGUUGCCCAAUCCUGGCCUGGAGGACAGGAUACCUUCUCAUGCUGAACUUGAGGUCCUUGAGAAACAAGAGGCAGACUCCAGACCAAAAUGGGAUAACAAGGCUCAGUAUAUGCUGACAUGCAUAGGGUUUUGUGUGGGCUUAGGAAAUGUGUGGAGGUUCCCGUAUCUCUGUCAGAGCCAUGGAGGAGGAGCCUUCAUGAUCCCUUUCCUGAUUUUGCUAGUCCUGGAGGGUAUCCCCCUGCUUCAUCUUGAGUUUGCCAUUGGUCAAAGGCUGAGGAAAGGCAGUGUGGGCGUAUGGAGCUCUAUCCACCCUACCCUGAAAGGAGUUGGCAUAGCAUCAAUGUUUGUAUCCUUCCUGGUGGGUUUAUAUUAUAAUACUAUUAUUGCCUGUGUGAUGUGGUAUUUCUUCAACUCCUUCCAAGACCCCCUGCCUUGGAAUAACUGUCCUCUCAAUGAAAACAGAACAGAUUAUGUAGAAGAGUGUGCCAAGAGCUCUCCUGUAGAUUACUUCUGGUACAGAGAAACAUUAAAUAUCUCCACUUCCAUUGAGGAUUCUGGCAGUAUACAGUGGUGGCUUUUGCUAUGUUUGACGUGUGCAUGGGGUGUACUGUAUGUGUGCACAAUCAGAGGCAUCGAAACAACAGGAAAGGCUGUGUAUAUAACUUCAACUCUUCCAUACGUUGUGCUUACCAUUUUCCUAAUCCGUGGCUUGACGUUGAAAGGAUCAACCAAUGGAAUAGUGUAUCUCUUCACCCCUAAUGUUACUGAGCUGGCGAACCCACUGACAUGGUUGGAUGCGGGUGCUCAGGUGUUUUAUUCUUUCUCCCUGGCAUUUGGAGGCCUCAUUUCAUUCUCCAGUUACAACUCUGUUCACAAUAACUGUGAGAAAGAUGCUGUGAUUGUCUCAGUGAUCAACGGUUUCACUUCCAUCUAUGCAGCAACUGUCAUAUACUCCAUCAUUGGAUUCAGAGCCACAGAAAGAUAUGAUGACUGUUUUGACACAAAUAUUCUUACUCUGAUGAAUGCAUUUGACUUGCCAGAAGGUAAUGUAACCCAAGAUAACUUUGAACAAAUGCAGCAGCUGUGUAACAUGACUGAUCCGGCAACUUUUGCAAGCCUGAAGUUUGAAACCUGUGAUCUGAAAACUUUCCUGAAUGAUGGAGCUGAAGGAACUGGCUUAGCCUUUAUUGUCUUCACUGAAGCUAUCACCAAAAUGCCCGUCUCACCUUUGUGGUCCAUUCUCUUCUUCAUCAUGCUUUUCUGCUUGGGUUUGUCAUCUAUGUUUGGAAAUAUAGAAGGUGUGCUUGUACCUUUACAAGAUCUUAAGAUUAUACCCCCCAGAGUGCCUAAGGAAGUUGUUACUGGUCUCAUUUGUUUGGUGUGUUAUUUGAUAGCUUUUGUUUUUGUGCUGAAUUCUGGUAAUUACUGGCUGACUCUAUUUGACGGUUAUGCUGGCUCUAUUCCCUUGCUGAUAAUUGCAUUUUGUGAGAUGUUUGCAGUCGUCUACAUUUAUGGAAUAGACAGGUUUAACAGGGAUAUUGAGUUCAUGACUGGACACAAGCCCAAUAUUUUCUGGCAGAUUACCUGGAGACUAAUUAGUCCUCUCAUUAUGUUAGUUAUCUUCAUCUUUUAUCUUGUGGUGAAUGUCAGCAAAGAACUGCUUUACAGCGUUUGGGACCCUAACUAUGAGGAGUUCCCCAAAACGAAGAAGCUCGAAUAUCCCCCUUGGGUGUAUGCUGUUAUUGUGGUCCUUGCUGGAGUGCCUAGUUUGACCAUCCCUACUUUUGCCAUCUACAAAGCCAUCAGAAAUCGCUGUGAGAAAAAAAAUGACCGUGCAGGCCUUAUUGCUACAUCUGAGACUUCCAUUAAUGGAAACUUGAAGUAUUCAUCAUAAAUCCACUUUUUAAAAUGUGGAAGGAAGCUUUGACAGUGAGGAAAGUAAAAAAAUUUUUUAAGAAUCGGGAGUUUUCAUGAAAGGGUAACUGUGUUGUUUCCAGGUAAACAUUUACUUGGCAACGCAAUGCACUGUAAAGAGUUGAUGUCCUGGAAGCAAAUGGUGACAUUUGCAAGUGAUUGGGUCACCAGGCCAAAUAGUUUGUCCUCCUUCUGGUUUUGAAGCCAGAUUGUUUGAAAUGGGCUUUCAUCCCCUCUGAGUGGGGAAGCACUGUGCUUGAAAUGCUCUAAGUGACUCUUUCAUGUGCAGUCAUUCUGGUCGGUGGCUAAUAUGAGGGGUAACUUAAUACUGUAUUCUCUUGCACAUUAAAUUUUUUUUGUUUUACAUGCCACUGUGUUGCACAAGGCCACCAAUAUUAUUUGUCUCAUGCAGAAGUUUAAAAUAUUUAAUAAAAACAUUUCUAAGUA